CUCGAAGCUCCGUCAAGCUCUGUGUUUCGUGACGGUUUGACGCGGAAAGAAGGAAGCGAGCGAUUUAGAGAUCACUGCAAAGGAGAGAGUCCCAUCUUCGCUAUCAUUCAGCGUAGAGAUGAUCCUUCUAUCUCUCAUUGCGAUAUUUCUCUUGGUGAACUGCAUGGGAUCAUCUUUCGCGGCUGACCCCGAGGGGUAUUUUGAUGGAAGUGCAUAUGCAGAGUACCUACUGAAUGAUGAAAAGGUAGACUCCAAUAAGAACACAGUCAUGCUGGAGUUCCGCACUAUUCAGCCCAAUGGACUAUUACUGCAUGGGAAGAGUACUGGUGGGGACUAUGGCGAUUAUUUCACCAUUGAAUUAAUUGGCGGAAAACUCAGGUUUGCCACAAGCCUGGGUCGCCGGCAGGAUGUUGAUGAUAUGAGAAGUUUGACCCUGGGUGAUGGUCUCGCCGACAACAAGUUCCACACAGUUAAGGUUGAGCACAAUGGGCGGGAAAUCUGGGUCUACCUGGAUCAGCGCACUAAAGAUGCCACGAAACGAAGGAUUGAGACCCGCUAUGAGAAGUUGACUCUAGACGUGUCUAUCUUUAUUGGGGGCUCUAGUGAUAUGAAGCAAUUAAGAGACGUGAUCUCCAAAGCUUACUUCCAAGGCUGCUUAAAGGGUGUUGAUGUCAAUAAGAAAAACCUACUCCAGGGAAUUGGAAGUGUCUCCUCGGUGCUGAAGACAUAUGGGGUCACAGACAAGUGCAAGGAUCUGACUGGAUAUAAACCUGUUACUUUAAAUGGGAGACAAGGGGAGUUCUCCAUUGCUACCAAAAGUGGUAUUGAGAAAUUCACAGGGGAACUGUGGUUCCGGACAUACAAAGCUUCUGGAACCAUCCUUGCAAUGAAUGAUCGUUUCCAUCUCAACUUCACCUCUGACUCUAUCUCCCUGGUUGUUCACCUUGCUGAUGACGUAUCACUUCGUAAGGUUUUUAAGUAUAGCCCUGUAAAUUCUGGCAUGUGGCACCAUGUGAAGUUUGAAAUUGGUGGCACAAUCCUUUUAAAUGUUGAUGGCAUGGAAUAUACUAAAAGUGCUAGUAUUCCACAAAACUUCUUUAUUGGAAGUGUCCAGAUAGGAGGGGAUUUUGUUGGCUGCGUCUGGAACAUCAACUUCAAUAACGAGUUAUUCGAUCCUAGCACCCUAACACCGUCUGAAUAUAUGGAGGUUGGCACAUGCCAUAUCACAAACUUCUGCUUUCCGAUGGCUUGCAAGCAUGGUGGGAAAUGCUCUCAGGAUGGAAAGACCUUUGCCUGUGAUUGCCUAAAUACUCAAUACCAUGGAUCAGUCUGUCAGUUUUCCAAAUUUCCUCGCACUUGCCAUGAGAUAAGACACAAGGAACCCAAAAUGAUAACUGGUACCUACACUAUUGACCCUGAUGGCUCAGGGCCAGAAAAGCCCUACAAAACCAAGUGCAGCCUAGCUACCGAGAAGGACUGGUUUGGCAAUGACAUCUCACGUGUCUGGACUGAGGUUGAGACUGGUGAUAGGAAUGUGCCCCUUCAGAAGUACCCAUCAGAGGAGGGAAGUCAGCCUGAGUCUGUCAUCAGAGAUGUGACUUACAAACCAACAUUCCAGUCGGCCCAGAUGGUCUCCUUGUCUAGCGAGUACUGCAAACAGUUUGUUGAGUAUCAAUGUAAAGCCUCCAGAUUCCUGAACAACCUAGACCCCUCCUACGGGCACUGGGUGGGGUCCCACGGCAAGCACUAUUACUACUGGGGUGGGGCGGGGCCGCAGCACCCCGGCAAGUGCGCAUGCGGGGUAAAAGGCGACUGUUUGGAUGGCAAGGGUUGUAACUGUGACGCGAGAAGAAGCAGCCAUGAGAGUGACAAGGGAUAUUUGUAUGGAAGCAAUGGCCAGGUCCUGCCAGUGUCUCAGGUAUUGUUUGGUGAUGUGGACAGUAAUACGGGACACUCGGCCAACUACACCGUGGGACCACUUAUGUGCUAUGGUCGGCCGAAUAACACUGCAACCUUCAGUCGCAAGGAAGGUCUCAUCUCACUCCGCCGCCCGGAAGGCUCCCUAGAUGGUGACUCUGGAGAUGUAUCCCUUUUCUUCCGUACCCCUUUCUCCCGCGGCAUCCUAUUCCAUCAAGGCGAGAUUGCCGGCGACUUUAUCCAAGUGAACAUCACCUCUAACGACACCGUCCAGCUCUCGUAUGACAUUGGCAAUGGUCCCGAGGCUAUUGUGGUAAAGAGUUCGAGCCCCCUUAACACGAAUCGCCUCUGGCAUAAGGUUGUGGUGUGGUUCAACAUCAAGGAGUUUGGCCUCGAGAUUGAUGGGGUCACCAAGGCCAAGCUCAACCCACUUCAGAAGGACAGCCAACUUGACGCUGUCGGCGACUUGUUUAUCGGUGGAUACGGUGGAGCUAUUCAAGGCUGGAUGCCGGAGUUGUUGAAUGGGUUCAUAGGAUGCAUCAGAGGAUUUACGAUCAACGGUGAGGUGCUUAACUUGGACAGACUGUCCAAGGACUUCCACUACGUCAGCGCCGGCUGCAACUGCACCAACGAGACAAGGUGCGGCGAUGUGUUCGACACGCCCCCCUACACGCCCGAUCCUAGCUCUGGAUCCACCUCGCUCCCCCCAGGACCUCCCCGUGGUCCCGCGGCGCGCAGUGGUGGUGAUGACGACAACUACACGGUCAUCAUUGUCGUCGUGGUUCUCUUGGUUAUCUUGCUGAUAGUGGCCGCGAUCCUGGUAUUUAUCUGGUGCAGCAGGAAGCACCGAGGCUUGUACCACACGCACGAAGACGAGCCACUAGCCAAGACCAAUGAGCCGUUCAUCAGUCUACAGCCACAUGGGAAGGACGCGGCUGAACCCAAGAAGGAAUGGUACAUCUAAAGAUGGAAGCUAUUGUGCGUAAGAGUACAACGGCCAAGACCGACGAGAGUUUCAUUAGUAUACAGUCACAGGGAAGGGACGCCGCUGAAGCCAAGAAGAAUUGGUUAAUCAAAAAAAAAAAAAAAAAUAGACCUUAAGAAACUACCAUACGUAAAAAGAAAAUACAGCAAAGAUAUAUAAUCCAAGUCUACAAAUCCAAUGCCGGUGCCUGAAGGAAAAACGAGAAAGUAAAAAUAAAAGGACGUCCAAGACCAACGUGCCAUUAACAACGGUGUAACGACGAGACGGAAUCUAAGAGAGAGAGACUGGUAUCCUGGACGAUAGUGAGACCUUAGAACUACGGUACUUUAACAAUUGACAAGACCAAUGGACAUAUCGAAUAAAAGGCCAAGGAUGAGGGGUGUAAUAAGAAACGCGUCUUUGUAAAUCCAACAAUUAUCCAUUGUCUUAUUCAUCUUAAUCAGGUCACCCUACAAGAAAGGUUGGCUAGCGUAGUCAUUGGUAUCAUAUGGAAAAGGAUGGUAUUUGAUGAUCCUUCAAUAAGAAAUGACCCACUUUUUUGUAGGCACCACCCUGGGUAAGCGCUUCGGUUAAAAGGUUAUUAAAAGUGAGAAAGUAUGUCAUUGAUUUUCGGGUAAAGAAAUGAAUGAAAUGCUCAGAAUUUGUUUGGUUGCAGGGGCGGUCAAGCUUUUCGCUUAGGGGGAAUUUACCUCAGUGACAAAGGGGAGAGGGGGAUUUUAAACCCUCCCCCUAGAUCCGCUACUGGGUUGAGCAAUGAUUGAACGUUAUUCGUAAGAGUCACUGUAUUUAGUGCUUUUAAUUAUAAUUAGGAAAGUGGUAUAGAAAAUGAGAUAAAAGAGAACAAAGACUGCUGAAAGUUUCUGUAAAAAUUAACUCCAAAGAAUUAACUCCAAUAAAGGGGACACUUGUCUCGAUUUCUCCUUUUACACUCUGACGAAUGUUUCCUUCUCGUGCAUGCCCGGUAUACGGAGGUUUUAUUGUAUAAGGGAGUGCCCUACGGAUAUCAAUCAUACCUUCCGUGUACGGUUUAUGAAAUAUGCUUACUUAUGUCUUAAGUGUAAUGCACACGAAUGGUAAAGAAAGUGUGAGGUUCCAGUGUAGAUUUAGCCAUUGCCUCCUCAAGUGACCAAUAUAGGGCUAGAAAAUCAACUUUGUAAUUUACCGAUACAUUGACAGAUAAUAAAACAUUUGAUAAAAGUGAA